CAUCAAUCUUGUGAGGGUUGCAGUAACGAGCGGAUUCAGGUCUGACAGCGCAUGCUCUUUUGGACAAGUGUCAAGUUAUCUUCUUCAUUAACGUGAACCAAAGGUUUGUGAAUUUUCUCAAUGGCAAGCAGAUUUUCCAUCAUAUAUACUACGACUCUGGGCUGCCUUCUUCUCAUAACAAACUGCGAUCCAGAACGUCUCCCGCUCCCAGCGAACGCAGAAGACGGCCUCGCAGACAACAAAGUAACCGCCCUGAUUUCAGCGAGUAAAAAACAAGAGAUCCAGAUGCAAUUUCUGAGCGCAAAGGCUUCAGAGGAAUUAUUCGCUUUCAUCUUCUCAGUUUCUCCGCCUCAUAUCUUUUACUUUCUCUACGACGAGACUUAUAAAGACAUGAGCAGCGUUCUCACGACGCCCUCAAACAACUGGAUCAGCUAUGCAGUGACUCAGUUCUCUCAGGAUUUCACACCUCUCCUCGGCGCUUUGUCCUCCUCCCUGGUCGCUGCUUCCUCCUCCAGGCGUCAUGUCCUGGUCGCUUGCAAUGAGGAGAAUACCCUUGCAUUGUUUCGACUGAUAUCUCGAAGAAAUCUAGAAAGUCCCUCCAUCUGGUGGAUUGUUAUGGUUACGUCUGAAAAUACAAUGCAACUUCUGCAGUUGGCGUUAAGAGAAGGUUCACAGGUUAUUGCUAUUCAGAUCACUGGAAUGGACUCCGUCAAGCUUCACGCUUCCAGAAUGGAUAGCGCCGGUUUGGUGAGGUUCCAAGACAGCGGUGUCUGGACGCUGGGCCACAAGGACUUCACGUCAAAAAUGUCAAGAUCCCUGUUCUAUGAUCUGGACGCAAGGUACUCGAAUUUCGAGAGACGAAAGCUGACGGGAACAGCGAACAGCGUUACACCGUUUAUCGUUCUGGAAAAACAGGACGACGGACAGCUGAUUCUGACGACCGGUUUCGAAGGCAGCGUUAUCAAGGCCCUCAGCAAAACGCUCAACUUUACGUAUAGGAUGAUGACCCCAGCAGAUGGUCAGUGGGGUGGACCUUUGCCGAAUGGGUCGGUGACUGGUCUGAUCGGCGACGUAUACAGGAGACAAGCCCAUUUCGCCAUGACUUCUAUCACAAUUACCCAGGCCCGGGAGAGAAUAAUAGACUUCACGUACCCUUACCACACCGACAGUCUCACACUGGUAUCGCGAACACCGAAGAGAGAGAUUUCAGCCUCUGCCGUCUUCUCGCCAUUCUCGGCAGAGGUGUGGUACCUCAUCGCCUCGACUCCGUUCGCGUUCAGCCUUGUGGUCUUCUUUCAAGUAUGGAUAACGAAAACCUAUCUCAGGAUUAAGACGAGCAAAUACAGCUUCUCCAAUAUAUUCAUCAAUGCCUGUGCGAGUCUGUUAAGGCAGGAGAACCAACUAUUAUUCGAGCACUGGUCAGGGCAGACAGCUUUUCUGCUGUGGUAUCUCUACGCCUUCAUGGUCUCAGCUUUGUACUCGGGUAUGUUGAUAACGACAAUAGUUAUACCAUCGUAUAACCGGCCAAUCGACUCGUUAACUGAUCUGCCUAAAGCCAUUUCCAACGGUUUCACUCUGCAAGUGGCUGCUGAGACAAGUCACGAAUUUCUCUUCAAGGAUGCUACUAGCGGCAUAUAUGCUGAGACAUGGAAGCUAUUCAAUCAUAAAGACAGGUCGAAGAGUUUUGUUGACACCAGCUUAUCGUAUGAUGAGAUUCUUGAGAAAAAGAUCGUGAUCGUCGAGGCAGAGACAGCAGGAAAAUUCCGCUCCAUGAAGAGAGGCAGACGCCAUUAUUACUUUGCCAGAGACACCUUCUCACCUCAAAACUAUGGAAUUGCCUGCUUCCCAGGGGCUCCUUUCAUCGGCAAGUUCAAUAAAGUAUUAUCUUCACUGAUCGAGAGCGGCCUUAUCAAGAAAUGGAUGAAUGAAGAGUUUCGGAAAGUUGAAGCCCAGGGAACCACGUUAGACGAAGAAGCUGUUGCACCCAGGCCCUUCUCCCUCACGCAGAUGCAGUGGUUUGUAUUCGUUACUUCCAAAGGAAAUAUACCGUCCCCGUGGAAGAAAGAAACUUGUGAAUGACAGGGAUUACGUAAUUAUAUGAAGCACAGAAACGAAAUACCGAUGGAUCGAAGACUAACAGGAAAUGCGAAAUUUAGUCCUGUAAAGCUUGAGUCCACAUCAUUGACACACGAUGAAGAUUAUUGUCAUAAUUAAGCACGUUGGUGAACAUUAUCAUGGUUGGUUCGUGUGCUUCGAAAGCCAAAGUUCGGAAAACUUUAGCAGACUUAAAGACACAAGCAAUUUCUUCCAUGGAACCUUCGCAUUCAUUAAUUGCGACCACUUGUGAAAAGCUUGAUGAAAAUGAAAUGGCUCGCAUGCUCUCCUAUUCGUGCGUCAUUCGCAAUAUAAGGAACUGGUGUCACGCAAAGGUAAAUGCUCCUCUAAAUCCCUCAGCGUCGAUUUGGUUAUGGGAUAUCCAGCGAAUACAAGUUCCUUGAGAGUGGCGAACUUUUCCUUCCUGUGGCGUGAUACUGGUGAAAAUGAUAUGGGCAGAUUAAUUGUGUUUGCAACCGGUAAAGAGCUUGGAAAUUUAGUGAAUGUAAAACACUGGGCAGGUGAUGGAACUUUUAAGUGCUGUUCUACCACAUUUCAUCAGUUGUAGUGCACGCUUCAUAUUCAAGUGGGUUCAUUUAAUGUUACGCGAUUGUUUGCACCGCGUCCAAACAAGAAUCGGGAAUCUUACACCCACUUUUUUCAUAAGCUAACUGAAUUACGUCACCGACUGCCCCCUGAAAACGUUACGAUGGGUUUUGAAAAAGCAGGCAUUAGUAGCAUUUUAUUUGUUUCCUGAUGCUUCCAUCUCAUGUUGUCGUUUUCAUCUAUCUCAAAAAGUGCACAAAAAAGUAUGUGAAAUUGGCUUUAAAGAAAAAUACCAUCGUGAUAAUGAGUUUAACAUUAAAAUCAGACAUUUUUUGGCGCUGACUUUUCUCCCUCUCGAUGAUGUGAUUGAUGGACUCGAAGAGAUUAUAGAUGACGUCGAUCUUCCACAAGAAUUUGUCUUAUUUUGAAAUAUCGUACAUAGGAUGCGUGAGAGGCAUUAGACAGCGAAGAACUUCUGUGUUUCCCAUUGUUCGUUAGAAUAUCCUCUGUAGAACCGAAACAUACAUGCCUCGCACUAAUAACCAUUUAGAGGGAUAUCACAACACACUACAAAGUUCUGUAACUUGCACACAUCCGAAUCUAUGGAAAUUAAUUACCGCAUUGAAAAGGGAAGACCACUCGGCACAAUUGAAAAAGAUUCAAUUUGAUCGAAGUGAUAUCUGCGAGAGAAAGAGAGGGAAAAAACCGUAUAUGAUAUAAACAAACGGCUGCAGAUUAUUACUGAGUGAUAUAGUCCCGAAAAAAAGGAUGGAUUUUGUACGAGCAGUAGCUCACAGACUUCAUCAUCAUUAAAGCUUUUAGUCAUAUUUCUAUGCUUUACUUUUUAUUUUACCUUUUUUUUAUUACAUCACUUUAUACCUUAUUUUAGCCUGAUUGAUUACAUUUAAGCUGUGCAUUUUAUUGUACCUUUUUUCUAUU